AUGUUUAAUAUCUGGAGGGAGAAGCCGCCAGGCCUAGGUGUUUCUUUCGAAGGUAACCCAGACCUGGAAAGUGUCCGCAAGUGUAUGCAAGUCCUGAAAGUUGCAGAGGAGCAGUGGCACAUGGCAGGCAGAUUUGGGGAUCUAUUACAUGAAUUGACCUCCAUUCGUGAUCCUCUUCUCUCCACACAGACGGCGCAAGCAAGAAAGCCUCUGGUCAGUACUGAACAAGAAGGCCCAUACGGACAUGGUGUACCACCUCAGGCCAAAGUCGCGGUGACAGAACUUACCGACCAUGGAAGUCCGUGCGACUACCAGAGCUCGACUCAUUGUCUGAUGGAAGGCAGCUAUGCAACACCACAUAUACACCAAUCUUUGACUGAAUCUCUGCAGCUCCGCCCUUUUGACUACAACUGCCUCCCUAGCUCUGUACAGCAACAGCUGCAAGUCCCUAUCCGGCAUAUUUCACACAGUGGAUCCCAUGCUCGGGAGUCACAGCAACCACAAGCAAACAGGAUUUUCAGUGACGAGGUGAUGGACAUGUGGUCGAAUGCACCGACUGGAUUUGGGCUGGACGAUUGGGACGUCUAUUUGGGUGGAUUUCCAAAUGCUAACGAGUCACACUGGCAUACCCUGACCUCUUAG